GGUGCUAAAACAACAGAGGGAGGCGCUGUUUGACCAAGGGUAGAGCCCGUGACGCCAUGACACUGAUGCGCUGCUGUCAGGGCGGACAAAUCCCCCCCCAGGGUUGUUCAGUCUCAGAGCGCACCCGUCGGAAGAGGAGCGAGACAAUUACCUUCAAGAAGCAUUUGCGUGCGAGAUGUAAGAGUACCGGAGAAGACGGCAGUGUGAGCGACGCGGAAUUCUAAAUGGGAUUGCAAAUACUUUGCCUGAGCUGAAGUCGUACAAAACGGGACGCGACAAUGGGCUCCGUUUUUCUGACGUGUUCCCUGAAGAGGUACGUGCUGCUCUUUGUGCUUCUUGCUUUUGUUCCUGGCGCACCGGCUUCAGUCACACAUUAUUCCAUUCCUGAAGAAAUGAAGGAAGGAACAAUAGUUGCCAACAUUGCAGACGAUCUGAGCUUGGACGUGAGAACGCUAAACAAAAGGAAGAUGCGGCUGGAUAUUAUUGCAAAUAAAAGAUAUCUGGAUGUGAAAAAGGAAACCGGCGAGCUGUACAUUGUGGAGAAAAUUGACAGGGAAAUCCUUUGUCCAACUAAAUCUUCAGCGUCGUGUUAUCUUAAACUGGAGGUCAUUUUGGAAAAUCCUGUGCGAAUUUUCAACAUUGAAGUGGAAAUAUUAGACACAAACGACAACGCCCCUCAAUUUAGGAGGGACGCCAUUAACUUGGACAUUUCUGAAUCUACUCCAAAGGGAGAAAGAUUCUCUCUCAGCAAUGCCGUCGAUCCCGAUGUCGGCUCUAAUACAGUAAAAACAUAUCAUCUGAGUGAAAGUGAUAAAUUUGACAUUGAAGUUCAAACAGGGAGAGAUGGGUCGAAAUUUGCUGAAUUAAUAUUAAAGGACACGUUAGACCGAGAGAAGCAGGCUGUGCACAAUUUAAUACUGACGGCGGUAGAUGGCGGUAAACCUCCGCGUUCUGGAACUGCCAAAAUUAUACUUCAGGUAUUGGACAACAACGAUAACGCCCCAUUGUUUGAUGAAGCCAUAUACAACGUCAAAAUAAUGGAAAAUUCUCCGAUUGGAAGCCUUGUUAUUGAUCUGAACGCGACCGACUUGGAUGAGGGCUCCAAUUCGGAUUUGACAUAUUCGUACAGUUUAUAUACACCCGAGAAAACGCAAGAAACCUUUAAUUUAAAUCCUUCUACCGGCGAGAUUACGGUGAAGGGAACGUUGAACUAUGAAGAGUUCAGGAUUUAUGACAUGGAAGUCAUCGCGGCAGACAAAGGAGUCAAUAGUUUAGCGGGACAAUGUACCAUCAAAAUUCAGGUGGAGGACAUGAACGACAACCACCCGGAAAUCUCCAUCAAAUCCUUCCAAAGUCCCGUCAGCGAGAACAUCGGCGUGGACUCGGUGAUAGCAGUGGUCAGCGUGAGCGACGAGGACUCGGGCCACAACGGAGUGGUGGACCUUCGCAUCCCGCCAAAUCUGCCUUUCCGACUCAGGGAGUCCUCGGACAACUAUUACCAGCUGGUGGUGUCGGAGCCCUUGGACCGCGAGAAGGUUCCGGAAUACGACAUCACCUUCACGGUGACAGACCGAGGCUCCCCUCCUUUGAGCGACAACGAAACCAUGACUUUACAGCUGCUGGACGUCAACGACAACGUGCCGCGCUUCCCGCAGCCCUUCUACAACAUCCGCGUGCCGGAGAAUAACGCUCCCGGCGCCCUGCUGACGUCCCUGAGCGCCUUCGACCCCGACCUGCACGAGAACCAGUACCUGGUGUACUUCAUCGUGGAGAAGGAGAUCGCCAACACCUCCAUGUCCAUGCUGUUCUCCAUCAACCCGGAGAACGGCAACCUGUACGCGCUCAAGACCUUCGACUACGAGAUGGAGAAGGACUUUCUCUUCCACAUCGAGGCCAGGGACUCGGGCUCUCCUCCGCUCAGCAGCAAGGUGAGCGUCCGCGUGGCGGUGGCCGACCAGAACGACAACGCUCCGGUCAUCGUCUCUCCGUGGCGGGCGCACGGCUCGGCGGCGGAGGAGAAGAUCCCCCGAUCCACGGAGAAAGGCUCUCUGGUGGCCAAGGUGAUCGCCUUGGACGAGGACUCCGUGCACAACUCUCGCAUCACCUACCAGUUCCUGCAGGUGAGCGACGCCUCCCUGUUCAGCCUGGACCAGUACAACGGCGAGAUCCGCACCACCAGGAUGUUCAGUUACAAAGACUGGCGCCACCAGAGACUGGUGGUGGUCGCCAAGGACAACGGGCAGCCCGCCCUCUCCGCCACGGUCACCAUCAAGCUGUCCACGGUGGAAACGGCCGCCAGGGCCUACUCGGACGGCGGCGAGGCGCCUCCGGAAUACGACGUCUUCUCCGACCUCAACGUGUACUUGGUCAUCGGUCUGGGCUCGGUGUCCUUCCUGCUGCUCAUCACCGUCUCGGUCUGCGUGGUGCUCAAGUGUCAGAAGGUCAAGCCCGGCCAGGCGGCCCCUCCCUGCAGGAGCAGCGUGAUCAGCGAGAGGAACUCCACGCUGGCCGAUUCCACCCUGGUGUCCAACGACGCCUACUGGUACAGUCUGUUUCUGGCCGAGACCAGGAAGGGGAAGCUGGUGGUCCGGCAGCCCGUGCCCAAGGGCUCCAGGUACUUCGUGUCCAGCAUUCCCAGGAGCGCCGGCGUGUCCGUCACCAGCGACUCCGCCCCCUCCACCUUGCAGGACAUUUGCAAAGACGUGUUCUGGACUAUUUUCUUUGCGGCGAAAUUGGAGCGUCCAAAAGGCGCAUUUGCGACGGAGGUGCAGGGAGCGCACACGAGAACAAUGAGCGCCAUUGUGUUCACGCCGCCACGGCAAAGGUACGUGCCGCUGCUUCUUGUUCUCCUUCUCUCUUCCGUCCAUCAAAUUGCCACAUCCGUGACCCAUUAUUCCAUCCCCGAGGAAAUGAAGGAGGGCUCCGUUGUUGCCAACCUGGCGGCCGAUCUGGGGCUGGAUGUGAAAACAUUGAGCCAGAGGAAGAUGCGUCUGGACAUUAUUUCAAAUAAAAAAUAUCUGGACGUCAACAGAGACACCGGGGAGCUCUUCAUCGUGGAGAAGAUCGACAGGGAACAUUGUCUCAUUAAAUCCUCUGCAUCUUGUUAUCUGAGACUUGAGGUGAUUCUGGAAAAUCCUGUGCGAAUAUUUAACAUUGAAGUAGAAAUAGUAGACAUAAAUGACAACGCCCCUCAAUUUCGGAGAGACGCCAUUCAUUUGGAUAUUUCUGAAUCGACACCAAAAGGAGAGAGAUUCUCUCUCAGCAAUGCGGUUGAUCCUGAUUUUGGAAGCAAUACAGUGAAAACAUAUCAUCUGAGUGAAAGUGAUAGAUUUGACAUCGAAGUUCAAACAGGGAGGGAUGGAUCGAAAUUUGCUGAAUUAAUAUUAAAAGACACGUUAGACCGAGAGAAGCAGGCUGUGCAUAAUUUGAUAUUAACAGCGGUAGACGGCGGUAAACCUCCGCGUUCUGGAACUGCCAAAAUUAUUGUUCAGGUAUUGGACAACAACGAUAACGCCCCUUUGUUUGAUGAAGCCAUAUACAACGUCAAAAUAAUGGAAAAUUCUCCGAUUGGAAGCCUUGUUAUUGAUCUGAACGCGACCGACUUGGAUGAGGGCUCCAAUUCGGAUUUGACAUAUUCGUACAGUUUAUAUACACCCGAGAAAACGCAGGAAACCUUUAAUUUAAAUCCUGCUACCGGCGAGAUUACGGUGAAGGGAACGUUGAACUAUGAAGAGUUCAGGAUUUAUGACAUGGAAGUCAUCGCGGCAGACAAAGGAGUCAAUAGUUUAGCGGGACAAUGUACCAUCAAAAUUCAGGUGGAGGACAUGAACGACAACCACCCGGAAAUCUCCAUCAAAUCCUUCCAAAGUCCCGUCAGCGAGAACAUCGGCGUGGACUCGGUGAUAGCAGUGGUCAGCGUGAGCGACGAGGACUCGGGCCACAACGGAGUGGUGGACCUUCGCAUCCCGCCAAAUCUGCCUUUCCGACUCAGGGAGUCCUCGGACAACUAUUACCAGCUGGUGGUGUCGGAGCCCUUGGACCGCGAGAAGGUUCCGGAAUACGACAUCACCUUCACGGUGACAGACCGAGGCUCCCCUCCUUUGAGCGACAACGAAACCAUGACUUUACAGCUGCUGGACGUCAACGACAACGUGCCGCGCUUCCCGCAGCCCUUCUACAACAUCCGCGUGCCGGAGAAUAACGCUCCCGGCGCCCUGCUGACGUCCCUGAGCGCCUUCGACCCCGACCUGCACGAGAACCAGUACCUGGUGUACUUCAUCGUGGAGAAGGAGAUCGCCAACACCUCCAUGUCCAUGCUGUUCUCCAUCAACCCGGAGAACGGCAACCUGUACGCGCUCAAGACCUUCGACUACGAGAUGGAGAAGGACUUUCUCUUCCACAUCGAGGCCAGGGACUCGGGCUCUCCUCCGCUCAGCAGCAAGGUGAGCGUCCGCGUGGCGGUGGCCGACCAGAACGACAACGCUCCGGUCAUCGUCUCUCCGUGGCGGGCGCACGGCUCGGCGGUGGAGGAGAAGAUCCCCCGAUCCACGGAGAAAGGCUCUCUGGUGGCCAAGGUGAUCGCCUUGGACGAGGACUCCGUGCACAACUCUCGCAUCACCUACCAGUUCCUGCAGGUGAGCGACGCCUCCCUGUUCAGCCUGGACCAGUACAACGGCGAGAUCCGCACCACCAGGAUGUUCAGUUACAAAGACUGGCGCCACCAGAGACUGGUGGUGGUCGCCAAGGACAACGGGCAGCCCGCCCUCUCCGCCACGGUCACCAUCAAGCUGUCCACGGUGGAAACGGCCGCCAGGGCCUACUCGGACGGCGGCGAGGCGCCUCCGGAAUACGACGUCUUCUCCGACCUCAACGUGUACUUGGUCAUCGGUCUGGGCUCGGUGUCCUUCCUGCUGCUCAUCACCGUCUCGGUCUGCGUGGUGCUCAAGUGUCAGAAGGUCAAGCCCGGCCAGGCGGCCCCUCCCUGCAGGAGCAGCGUGAUCAGCGAGAGGAACUCCACGCUGGCCGAUUCCACCCUGGUGUCCAACGACGCCUACUGGUACAGUCUGUUUCUGGCCGAGACCAGGAAGGGGAAGCUGGUGGUCCGGCAGCCCGUGCCCAAGGGCUCCAGGUACUUCGUGUCCAGCAUUCCCAGGAGCGCCGGCGUGUCCGUCACCAGCGACUCCGCCCCCUCCACCUUGCAGGACAUUUGCAAAGACGUGUUCUGGACUAUUUUCUUUGCGGCGAAAUUGGAGCGUCCAAAAGGCGCAUUUGCGACGGAGGUGCAGGGAGCGCACACGAGAACAAUGAGCGCCAUUGUGUUCACGCCGCCACGGCAAAGGUACGUGCCGCUGCUUCUUGUUCUCCUUCUCUCUUCCGUCCAUCAAAUUGCCACAUCCGUGACCCAUUAUUCCAUCCCCGAGGAAAUGAAGGAGGGCUCCGUUGUUGCCAACCUGGCGGCCGAUCUGGGGCUGGAUGUGAAAACAUUGAGCCAGAGGAAGAUGCGUCUGGACAUUAUUUCAAAUAAAAAAUAUCUGGACGUCAACAGAGACACCGGGGAGCUCUUCAUCGUGGAGAAGAUCGACAGGGAACAUAUUUGCACCACAAAAUCGUCAGCAUCAUGCUAUCUGAGACUUGAGGUGAUUCUGGAGAAUCCGCUACGAAUUUUUAACCUUGAAGUAGAAAUCAUGGACAUGAAUGACAACGCCCCUAAAUUUCGGAGAGACGCCAUUCAUUUGGAUAUUUCUGAAUCGACACCAAAAGGAGAGAGAUUCUCUCUCAGCAACGCCGUCGAUCCGGACGUUGGAAGUAAUACAGUGAAAACAUAUCAUCUGAGUGAAAGUGAACAUUUUGAUAUUGAAGUUCAGACGGGGAGGGAGGGAACAAAACUUGCAGAUUUGAUAUUGAUGAAAAUAUUAGACCGGGAGAAGCAGGCCGUGCACAAUUUAAUACUGACGGCGGUAGAUGGCGGUACACCUCCGCGUUCCGGUACUGCGAGUAUUAUUGUUCAUGUUUUAGACAACAACGAUAACGCCCCUUUGUUUGAUGAAGCCAUAUACAACAUCAAAAUAAUGGAAAAUUCUCCGAUUGGAAGCCUUGUUAUUGAUCUGAACGCUACCGACUUGGAUGAGGGCUCCAAUUCGGAUUUGACAUAUUCGUACAGUUUAUAUACACCCGAGAAAACGCAGGAAACCUUUAAUUUAAAUCCUGCUACCGGCGAGAUUACGGUGAAGGGAACGUUGAACUAUGAAGAGUUCAGGAUUUAUGACAUGGAAGUCAUCGCGGCAGACAAAGGAGUCAAUAGUUUAGCGGGACAAUGUACCAUCAAAAUUCAGGUGGAGGACAUGAACGACAACCACCCGGAAAUCUCCAUCAAAUCCUUCCAAAGUCCCGUCAGCGAGAACAUCGGCGUGGACUCGGUGAUAGCAGUGGUCAGCGUGAGCGACGAGGACUCGGGCCACAACGGAGUGGUGGACCUUCGCAUCCCGCCAAAUCUGCCUUUCCGACUCAGGGAGUCCUCCGACAACUAUUACCAGCUGGUGGUGUCGGAGCCCUUGGACCGCGAGAAGGUUCCGGAAUACGACAUCACCUUCACGGUGACAGACCGAGGCUCCCCUCCUUUGAGCGACAACGAAACCAUGACUUUACAGCUGCUGGACGUCAACGACAACGUGCCGCGCUUCCCGCAGCCCUUCUACAACAUCCGCGUGCCGGAGAAUAACGCUCCCGGCGCCCUGCUGACGUCCCUGAGCGCCUUCGACCCCGACCUGCACGAGAACCAGUACCUGGUGUACUUCAUCGUGGAGAAGGAGAUCGCCAACACCUCCAUGUCCAUGCUGUUCUCCAUCAACCCGGAGAACGGCAACCUGUACGCGCUCAAGACCUUCGACUACGAGAUGGAGAAGGACUUUCUCUUCCACAUCGAGGCCAGGGACUCGGGCUCUCCUCCGCUCAGCAGCAAGGUGAGCGUCCGCGUGGCGGUGGCCGACCAGAACGACAACGCUCCGGUCAUCGUCUCUCCGUGGCGGGCGCACGGCUCGGCGGUGGAGGAGAAGAUCCCCCGAUCCACGGAGAAAGGCUCUCUGGUGGCCAAGGUGAUCGCCUUGGACGAGGACUCCGUGCACAACUCUCGCAUCACCUACCAGUUCCUGCAGGUGAGCGACGCCUCCCUGUUCAGCCUGGACCAGUACAACGGCGAGAUCCGCACCACCAGGAUGUUCAGUUACAAAGACUGGCGCCACCAGAGACUGGUGGUGGUCGCCAAGGACAACGGGCAGCCCGCCCUCUCCGCCACGGUCACCAUCAAGCUGUCCACGGUGGAAACGGCCGCCAGGGCCUACUCGGACGGCGGCGAGGCGCCUCCGGAAUACGACGUCUUCUCCGACCUCAACGUGUACUUGGUCAUCGGUCUGGGCUCGGUGUCCUUCCUGCUGCUCAUCACCGUCUCGGUCUGCGUGGUGCUCAAGUGUCAGAAGGUCAAGCCCGGCCAGGCGGCCCCUCCCUGCAGGAGCAGCGUGAUCAGCGAGAGGAACUCCACGCUGGCCGAUUCCACCCUGGUGUCCAACGACGCCUACUGGUACAGUCUGUUUCUGGCCGAGACCAGGAAGGGGAAGCUGGUGGUCCGGCAGCCCGUGCCCAAGGGCUCCAGGUACUUCGUGUCCAGCAUUCCCAGGAGCGCCGGCGUGUCCGUCACCAGCGACUCCGCCCCCUCCACCUUGCAGAUGGCACGGGCUCAAUUCCCCCUCACUGACAGUGUCUAUAUGUGCCCCGCGACUGACUGGCGACCAGUUCAGGGUGUAGGCCGUCUUUUGCAGGAAGUCGGCCGGGAGAGGCUCCAGCGACCCAAACCGGGAUAAGUGCUGUUGAUGGUUUCGUGGUUUAUAUUUGGCUGCUUCUGACAACAAGUUGAAAAAGAAACUUUUUGUUUGUACUUUUUGUGGCCUUUCAUAUGACUGAAGCAUAAAUUUUGAUGUAAACACAAGCACGUUUGAGGUUGUACACGGGAACGCUUUCAUUUUUACA